UAGCAAUGAUUGUCACACACACACACGAGGUGUGGUGAAAUGUGUCCUCUGCAUUUGACCCAUCCCCUUGUUCACCCCCUGGGAGGUGAGGGGGGCAGUGAGCAGCAGCGGUGGCCGCGCCCGGGAAUAAUUUUUGGUGAUUUAACCCCCAAUUCCAAGCCUUGAUGCUGAGUGCCAAGCAGGGAGGUGGUUUCUUCUCAAGUCUGUUCUCGGGCCUCUUUGGCACCAAGGAGAUGAGGAUCUUGAUACUGGGUUUGGACGGCGCGGGGAAGACCACCAUUCUGUAUCGGCUGCAGGUCGGCGAGGUCGUCACCACCAUUCCCACAAUCGGCUUUAAUGUGGAGACUGUCACAUACAAGAAUCUGAAGUUCCAGGUUUGGGAUCUGGGAGGACAGACCAGUAUCAGGCCCUACUGGAGAUGUUACUACUCCAACACGGACGCCGUCAUCUACGUGGUGGACAGCAGCGACCGCGACAGAAUGGGCAUCUCAAAGUCUGAGCUGGUGGCCAUGUUGGAGGAGGAGGAGCUGAAGAAGGCCAUCCUGGUGGUGUUUGCAAACAAACAAGACAUGGACCAGGCCAUGACGCCCACCGAGGUGGCCAACGCACUCGGUCUCCCCGCCCUCAAAGACAGGAAGUGGCAGAUCUUCAAGACCUCGGCCACCAAGGGCACAGGCCUGGACGAAGCAAUGGAGUGGCUGGUGGAUUCGCUCAAGAGUCGGCAGUAAAAAAAAAAGAAGACCCACCCUUUUUGUAAAUACUUCUGAACUUUGACCCUUUCUUGUGACUGACCUCACUUUCUGGUCUACUCUGGCCAAACCUUGGACUGAAAAGGCCUCAUGUAUGAUUGUGUGUGUGUGAGAGGAGAAUCAUGAGCUGAGCAGAUCACAAGUACAUUUAAGUCGCAUGGAAGAACAUCAUGCCAUGAAGCUCCACUAGAAGGCAGUGUUGUAUACACUCCCUCAUAGCCAACACUACAAGUCCCAGGCCACCUGUCUACCUUUACCUGCCUAUUUUCCCCUUCAUGAUUUAGUAAUGUGCACAUUUCUAGUAGUUUAAUCACCUUUUCCAUUUACAGACAACAGUUUUAUGGUUUCAUAUUUAUAUCUGCUUGUACAGUGAAAAUGAUCCACAGUAAAGACUUUUUGGUGAUUGUAACAA